UCGCAACUCCAAACUGCGCCUUCCCUAUCAUUCUCAUUCCUUUGUCAUCAACAUUAGAGCGAAUAGUUAAAUUCAAACACUGAUAAUUCCUAUCUCCCCUUUCGCCCUAAUAAAUAAUACAGAUAAAUCAAUCCAUCAUGGCCGGAGAUCCUCGUGCUUUGCUACAGAAGGCGGACAAGACGCUUGCCAGCGCUUCCAGCGGCUUCAGUUUCUUCGGCGGCCGAGAAGACAAGUACCAGAAUGCGGCAGACUUAUAUAUCGAGGCGGCAAAUUCCUUCAGGAUUCAGAAAAUGAACCGAGAAGCUGGCCAGGCUUUCGAAAAGGCGGCUGCCGUGCAAACAAAACAGCUGAACGAACCCGACGAUGCUGCCAACACUUUGGUUGAUGCCUUUAAAGUCUACCGGAAAGAGAACCCUGAAGAUGCUGUGCGAUGUCUCGACGUCGCUGUCAACCAAUACUGCAAGAAGGGCAACUUUAGACGGGCAGCGCAGCACAAGGAGAAUAUGGGCGAAGUCUUCGAAAACGAGGUGGGUGAUACGAAGCGUGCGCUCGAAUGCUACGAGUCUGCUGCUGGAUGGUACGAAGGAGAUAAUGCUUCAGCUCUAGCGAACAAGCUCUGGCUUAAGGUAGCAGACAUUGCGGCCCUCGAAGGCGACUAUUACAAGUCGAUCGAACAAUACGAGAAGGUCGCAGGAGCCUCCAUCAACAACAACCUAAUGCGCUACUCAGUCAAAGACUACUUCCUCAAGGCGGGUAUCUGCCACCUAGCGACGGGCGAUAUGGUCGCCGCGAAUCGCGCGCUUGAGAAGUAUCGAGAUCUAGACCCGACAUUCCCUAGCACUCGAGAGCACCAGUUGCUCACAGACCUAGCGGCCGCCAUCGAAGCGGGUGACCAGGAUCAGUUUACGGACAAAUUGUUCCAAUUCGACCAGAUGAGCAAGCUUGAUAAGUGGAAGACUACGAUUCUUGUACGAGUCAAGAACAACAUCGAAGAGGCUGGUGAGGACUUCUCUUGAGCAAAUACGAGACGCCGAUGAUAAGCAGAAGGCUUCGUGAGAAUAGCUACCCAGCCAAACAUGACGUUUGGGUGCACAUUGGGUUGGGUGAGACGCAGCAUGACCUUUGCAAAUCGCAUAUAGAGUCAUGGUUACAACGUUUGGCCUAGAACAUGGAUCGUAGCAAAACCAGCUACUAUUGUCAAAAGACUGAAUAUUACCUACCUCACCUACAUGAGAUAGUAUUAACACUGUUUUCCACAUUUCCACAGUAUAGUUCCGCCGGUCAAGGGGAACCAAUUUGUUUUUAGUAGGAGUUGUAUGAUACCGGGGUUAAUGAUAUACAUUCCUCGCUAUUUAACUAACAUAUAUCAUAUAUUGAGAGUAACAUCUGAAAGCUAUGAAUGCUCUAUUCAUGCUAUCGGUAUGCCCGACUUUAGGAGGGUUAUUAUCAUUAAUUGCAUACACA